AUGAAAAGAAUUUAUUAAAUAAUACAAUAACUAGAUAUAUUUGGUCAAACAAUUGCCCUUAAUAUCAAUAAACAAUCUAGCUACAAAACAUUUUUUGGUGGAAUUUCAUCAAUCUUGAUUAUUGCCAUAUUGAUUGCUUUCUUUUUUUCAAAUGUUGUGGAUUUCCUGAAUCAAACUGAUAUUAUAUUUUCACUAGAAACAAAAUUCUCUGUAAACCCAGAUGCUAUGAUUUUAUCUUAAGAAAAUUACAUGGCAGCAUUUUCAAUUGAACAAGAAGGAUAUGCGAUCAAUCCAUACUUCAAUAUUUCGAUAGAAUAAAGAUAAUAUGUUCGAGAUGAGAGUGGAAAGUAAAUCAAAUCUAUUAGUUCUGUUCCUUUGGAACCUUGCACAUUAUCACACUUUAAUGUUUUAUUAAAGGAAUCAAAUUUAAAUUUUGAAGAGCAAUACAAUAGCCUUGAUCUAUCAAAUUGGUUAUGCCCUAAGAAGGAUUUUUAAUUCAAACUAAGUGGCACAUAUUCUAGUUAAGAAUUUAACUUCAUUAAAAUAGUUAUAAAGGAAUGUGAAUAGGGAAACGAGAAUGAAUCUGGGUGGAAUCCUGUUUGUGCUUCAGAAUAAGCAAAAUAACAAUCUUUAGAAAUUAAUGGAUAAUUUAAGCUAUAAAUUUACUAAGUCAAUUCAAUUAUAAAUCCAAGUUAAUCAAAAGCCUAUGUGAGAGCCUAUCUGGACGAUGAAAUAUGUCCAGAUAAGCCAACUUAUUUUAUAGAAAAUACAAGCUUUAGAAUGAUAUAUCCCUCUUGCCUAUUUAGUAUUUAAUUUAGUUCAAUAUUGAGGAAUAUCUAAUAAGAGGAACUGAUUGUCAGACAAAACGCUGAUUAUCGAGAUUUAACAGAAAUCGGAAGAGAUACUGACGAUAAAUACGCUGUAAUCUAUUUAAGGAGAAGCUAAUUUACUGAGAUUGUUAAGAGAAGAUUUACUUCUAUAGGGGAAUUACUAUCUUACUUAGGGGGGUUUCUUCAAAUCAUGAUAACUGGACUUGGCUUAUUCAUUAUAUACUACAAUAAAAUUUAGAUGCAAAUAGAAUUAUCAAAUAAACUUUAUAACUUUAAGAUCAACGCUGGUGAUAAUAGCAAAAUUGCGAAGAGAGUAAUAAAGUUAAGUUAGAUAUCUAAUGUAAAGGUGCAAUAAUAGUGUGUGGAUGAUUCAUAGAAUAUGAAUAUAAACGAUAGCCUUAUAGAUGAGAAAUAGAAGAAGAAUUAUCUGAAGAGUGCAAUCAUAAAAUAGUUUCAUGAAGUAAACAAGAUUAGUUUAUCGUUGAAAUUAAUCUUGAAUUAAGUUACUUUUGGAUUAAUGUUCAAUAAUAAUGAUUCUCUAUUUUUGAACAAAGCUAUUAAUUAAGUAAAUCAUGACCUAAACAUACAUCACAUACUUUAUAAGAUUUAGGAAAUACAAAAAUUGAAGUAAGUUCUGUUGAGACGAGCUCAGAUUAUUUUAUUUAAUUUUACACCAAAACCUUUGAUUACACUGGAUGAAGAAUACCAAUUACCAAAUCGAAUGGACUUUGAGGAGAACCUUAACGAUUUGAUAAGUUCUAAACUCACAGACUAAACUGAUAACAAUUUGUUCUCAAAUCUAUAUCAAGCUUAUUUGGAAAUAAAGAAGGAGCUCGAGGAAUAAUCGAUGCCUUUUUGUUAGUUUUCAGUGAAUGCUUAAUUGGCUUCAGAGUUAGGACCAUAAAUGUAGGAGAUAUUCAAAAGAUAGGAAAUGAUUGAAAAUUAGGAAAAAGCGGCAUUUUCAGUUAUUUUAAAGUCUGUAAGUGAAUGA